AUGGCUGAUAAUGGUAGUGCCAAAGGGGGAACUGGCGCCUAUACAAUUAAUCUUGAGAACUUCAGUAAGCGGCUGAAGGUAUUCUAUGACCAUUGGAAGGAGCACAAGUCUGAUCUUUGGAGGUCCUCGGAUGCUAUUGUCAUUGCUACUCCAGCACUUGACGCCCCUCCGCAUUUGAAAUCUGUAGCCCUGGAGAUUUGGUUACUUGGAUAUGAAUUUCCAGAAACAAUAAUUGUCUUCAUGAAGAAUCAAAUACAUGUUUUAUGCAGUCAGAAGAAAGCAAAACUUAUCGGGACCCUCGAGAAGGCUGCAAAUGAGGCUGUUGGUGCGGACAUUGUGUUGCAUGUGAAAACGAAGAAUACUGAUGGUUCUGACUUGAUGGAUGACAUAGUGCGGGCUGCUCAGACUCGAUCGAAAUCAGACAAGCCAGUUGUUGGACACAUUGCCAAGGAGGUAGAUGGGGGUAAACUGCUUCAAACAUGGGCAUCAAAGUUAUCUUCGUACGGCAUACGACCUUCAGAUGUAACAAAUGGCUUCUCUGAGCUCUUCGCUGUGAAGGACACCACAGAGAUCACAUGUGUUAAAAAGGCUGCUUACUUAACUUCAUCUGUUCUGGAAAAUUUCGUGGUUCCAAAGCUCAUGAAGGUUAUCACGGAGGAGGAGAAAGUCUCGCACUCAUUGCUGAGGGAUGAGACAGUGAAGGCUAUUCUUGAUCUGCUCAAGAUCAAGGUGAAGUUGAAUCCUGAUAAUGUGGAUAUAUGCUAUCCUCCGGUCUUUCAGAGUGGGGGUAAGUUUGAUCUCAAGUCUAUAUGCUAUCCUCCGGUCUCUCAGAGUGGGGGUAAGUUUGAUCUCAAGCCUGGUGCAUCUAGCAAGGACGAGUACUUGUAUUAUGAUUCAGCAAGUGUUAUCAUCUGUGCAAUUGGUUCCAAAUACAGUAACUAUUGUUCAAAUGUUGCUCGGACAUAUCUUAUUGAUGCUAGCCCUGCGCAGAGUAAAGCUUAUGAGACCCUCUUGAAAGCUCAUGAAGCUGCUGUUGGGAAGGUGAAACCAGGCAGUCAGAUGAGUGCGGUUUAUCAAGCUGCAAGGGCAGUGAUUGAGAGGGAUGCCCCUGAACUACUUCCUAAUCUAACAAUGUCAGCUGGAAGUGGAAUAGGCCUUGAAUUCCAAGAAUCUGUCCUAAAUCUGAAUGCCAAUAAUGAUGGUAGGGUAAAACAGGGAAUGGUUUUUAAUGUCUUCCUUGGUUUGCAUAACAUCCAGGCAGAAACCACUACCGCAGAGAAGACAAAGCAGUUUUCACUGUUGUUAGCUGAUACAGUUUUAGUCAACGAAAGAGGACCGUCGAUCUUAACAGCACCUUGCUCCAAGGCAGUCAAAGAUGUUGCUUAUCAGUUCAUCAAAGAUGCAGUUAAGAUGGAGUGUAUGAAAAAGAUUAUGAAUAUGAAAGAGAAUAUCAGAAACAUUUGUAUCUUUGGUCCAGGUCAAGCCAAUAUUGUUAAAGCACUAUCAUCUGAUCCUACACUUUUGGCUCCUGAAAUGAUGAGUGAUGCAAUUGCUAGAGGAGAUGAACCUGUGGCAUUAUACUACAGACUGGAUAAAGGUCACAGAGAUACGUUUCUAGUGAAUGUCACCCAGUGUCCUGAAGUUACUGAUUCAUCAAUGGAGUUUAAUGCUUCACUCUCCAUUGUGGAUAGAGCAUUAAUCAGAGUUGAGUUAAACGAAGGGUUUACUCUCCAGUGUGAAAGUUUUCUUCGCCAAGCACUCUAUGAGAAUAAUCUGCUUGAUGAUGUCACAUUUGAUCCCCGGAAAGCAAAUGUAUGUUUCUCUUCCUCUUCUUCUGGAUGGGCAUUUACCUUGAAUGACCUUGCAAGGUUUUGGUCACCAAUACUUGGUGUGGACCACUCUCUGUUGGUGGAAAGGUUAUGGGGCGAAAAUUUCUAUGAUCUAGAAAGUAAGAAAUGGAGUAAAGUGCACACUGAAACCUCAAAGCGAGGUUUUCCACACUUUUGCAUUAACCUCAUCAUGAUCAUCUAUCAGCGCUGCCUCAAAGGUGACCAGGGGAAGAUUGAAGCACUCUUCUUUGGUGAUACAAUUAAAGAUCAACAACAAUUUGUGGGAAAAGUCGGAAUUUCUCUUUAUAAGGAGUUCAUUAAGAAAUUUCUACCAGCCGAGAGUGGUCCACACCAAGUAUUGGUGACCAAAACCUUGCAAGGUCAUUCAAGGUUCCCUGAAGGUAACUCUAAAAUCCAUCUAACUGCCCUAGAAAAUGUUGGGAAGGAAGGCGGUAUUGUUUUGACUACAUAUGAGACUAUCCGCGACCAUAAGCAGAAAAUAUCAGAUAAGCUUGGUACUGUAGACUACAUCUUCGCAGAUGAAGGUCACAGAAUAAAAAACAAAGCCGGGAAGGCUUCCAAAGCACUUAAGGGGAUCAGAUGUGACCACAGAAUUGUGGUCACAGGGACACCUAUACAAAAUAAUUUGAUGGAAUUUUAUUCCUUAAUGAAAUUCUGCAAUCCAACAUUGCUGGGCAAUAAGGAGGAAUUUAAGGAGACUUUCUUAGUACCUAUCGAUCGUGGAAAGUUCAAAGGAUCAACUCCUAGUGUGAGACGAAAAGCCAUUGAGAGUUCAGAGGACUUGAACAAAUUGGUUUCUCCAUUUGUUUUACGAAGAAGCAAAAUGACUUUGAAGGAUUCAGGCAGGAUAAAGGCCAACAAGUAUGAGGUGAUUGUCUGGGUGAAAAUAAGCGCUCAUCAGGCUAACCUUUAUGAGGCCCUCAUGGUUGACCCCAAUCCCAGGUCGAGGAAACAUGGUGGAGCUUUUGAAAUUUCAAAAGUGGCAAAAAGCCUUUGUUUGGAUCCCAGUAUCGUUGGAAUGACAAGCGCCAAGAAUAUUUCACAACAAUUUAAGCGCACCUUAGUGAAGACAAUCAACACAUCAACUAGAGAGCUAACUUCAAGUAAAUUGAGCUUUCUUCUAUACUUCCUGCCUCUUCUCCUGAAUGAUAAACUCAAAAUUCUUGUGUUUUCGACCUCUCCGGAAAUGCUACAAGUCCUUGAGGAAGCUUUAUCUGCCAAAAUCAAUGAAGAGAUUAUAAGGAUGGAUGGGACCAUGAGUUGCGAAGACAGAGUCGAGCUUAUUGAGAAUUUUCAACGGAAGGAUGGACCACCUAUAUUCCUUCUUACUACGAAAGUAGGCGGAGUGGGAAUUACCUUAACUGCAGCAUCCCGGGUUGUAAUAAUAGAUCCUUCAGAUAACCCAUGUGAUGAUAAUCAAGCGGUUGAUAGAGCGUACAGGAUCGGACAAGUAAGGGUUGUAAUUGUGUAUCACCUAAUCACUUGUGGGACCAUAGAAGAACAUACGUAUAGGCGACAGACUUUAAAACUUGAAACUUCAGAUGAUGUUCUGGAAGGAACCCAAGUUAUGGAUAAUUCAGGCAAAACAUGCAGUAAACCAAUAGUAUCCAGCAAAACUAGGAGUUCUUGGGCACAUGAAGAUAAACCUUUGUUCCUGCAAGAACUUAGAGAUGUUAGGACACACUUUGCAGUUGCUAUUGGGUGUGAGAAAUGGUUGCCAGGGGGCAGAAAGUUUUAUGCACUUGGCAUUGCAGCAAUUUGCUGGGCCAUUUGGAAAGCCCGUGACAAGACUUGUUUUGGUGGCAAGUUGUUAAAGAAUCCUAUUGAGAUCUUAUGCCAUCCAUGUGCUAUUCCACAGGAGGAUGACCAAGAUGGGGAUGACGAUUAG